UCCAUUUUCUUGUCAUUUUCCUUCUUUCUAAACACUAUUUCAUCAUUCUGUAGUCACCAUCCUUUAUUUAUUUUAUUGAUUUGCAUGCCAUAGAGAUUUAUAUUUAUAAAGAGAUGGAAAUUGAAAACAGAAUAAUCAAUAUUCCGAUGAGGUUUCAGAGGUUAGCGGCGGCGUUUGAGAGUGACGAGGUGGCGCAUGUGAGGUUAUGCGAAAGCAGUGGAAGCGAGCACUCGGCGGCGGAAGACUCUACUGAUUUGUCAGAUCUUGUGAAAUCGUUCAUGGAGAAGAAUUCCGUGAAAGAAGAUUCGGUUGUUCAUGAUAAGGAUGAUGGCGAAUUUGACUGGUAUGAUUAUUCGGAGAAAAAGGAAAUACUGGAAGAGAUUUUCGGUGAUAAUGAUGAUUAUGUGAAAGAAAAGAUUAGAAGAGAGGUUGAAGUUGCAAUUGAGCUCGUUGCCGGAGAUAAAUCUUCGCCGGAAUUCAAACGCCUUGUUAUGUCGCAUUUGCGGGAGAGAGGUUUUGAUGCUGGUCUUUGCAAAACAAAGUGGGAAAGAAAUAGAAAAUUUCCAUCUGGUGACUAUGAGUUCAUUGAUGUGAAUUACGAUGGAAAACGAUACAUCCUUGAAAUAUCUCUGAGGGCUGAAUUCGAAAUAGCUCGUCCAAUAGAUCAAUAUGCUUCUUUACUUGAUGUAUUCCCUUAUGUAUUUGUUGGGAAAGUGGAAGAGCUGAAGAAGAUUGUGAGGUUGAUGUGCACUGCUAUUAAGGAUUCAAUGAAGACUAUGAAAAUGCAUACACCUCCAUGGAGAAGAAAUAGUUACAUGCAAGCUAAGUGGUUUAACCCUUACAAGAGAACAACUAAUGAGGUUGCAACAAGAAAAUCUAUUGGCUUUGAAGCAUACAAUUGCAGACAUAAUUUUGGGAGUAAAAUUGCUUUCAAAGUUGGCAAUUUAACUGCAGCAUUUAAUGUAGAUGAUGGCAUUGGGAUGAAAUUAUAGUCAUAUUGAAGAAGAAGAGUGUACAAAAAAUGAAUUUUCAUUUUUUUCCCCUUAGCAUAGGGCACAGAAGUGCUUCAGCACAUUUUGCUAGUGAUCUGUGUAAUAGGGUAAUUUUGCAUUUUGAGUUGAGAUGAGAUGGGUAAUGAAAGUUACUAGUACCUCUAUUCUCUAUAAGAAAAGAUUUGGCUCAUUUUUGUUUUACUUUUAGAAAACUAAAGCAUAGUUCGAUAUGCAUAAUAUACAAAGAAAAUUCCUUUAUAUAA